AUGUUCUUGAAAGCUGCUGUCGCUUCGAUACCGCUUUUGGGUUCCGCGGUCGCGUCACCUCUCAACCAGCCGCCGUUCAAGCCUUCCGACCAAAAGGUCUCUCCGGCCCGAGGACCGAGUUUUAUUUUCAAUGAGACUUCGCCAACAGUCGAGCUCGACUUCCAUGCGGAAUCAGUACAAGCAUAUGCACUGCAAGAAACUUAUGACGCGAGCAACUGGUUCUCAAAGUUCAGCGUGCAGAACAUUGCUGACCCUACUCAUGGAUUCGUGAACUACGUCAACCAAGCCACAGCGCAGUCGAAGGGCCUCUACAGGACGCAAAAUAACCAAGUCUACAUCGGUGUCGAUUCUAGCACCGUCUUGAACCCUAACGGCGUGGGUCGCGACUCUGUGCGCCUCCAGAGUAACCGAGCUUACACUCAUGGCUUGGUCAUCGCUGAUUUUGCGCAUGUUCCCGGCUCAAACUGCGGGAGUUGGCCGGCUUUCUGGAUGGUCGGGCCAAACUGGCCUAACCAAGGCGAAAUCGACAUUUACGAGGGUGUCCACCUGAACACUUACAACCAGAUGACUCUUCACAGCUCUCCCGGCUGUGUACCGGUGUACAACCAAAACGGAGGUCAGACCGGCACUCACGUCUCCGAGGCAGAUUGUGGCGCUGGGGGCGGUUUCAAUGGCUGCGGUGUUCAGUCGAACAGUCCUACUUCCUACGGCACUGCUUUCAAUGCAAAUGGCGGCGGCGUGUACGCCACCCUCUGGACGUCUUCAGGCAUCAAGGUCUGGUACUUUGCUGCGAGAGAUGUUCCAGCGAACAUCAGGUCCGGCAACCCCGAUCCCAACACUUGGGGCACUCCCCAGGCCAACUUUGCUGGCUGCAAUUUCGACGCGAAGUUCUCCAACAUGAACAUUAUCUUCGACAUUACCUUCUGCGGCGACUGGGCUGGAGGUGUCUGGGGCUCCACGUCUUGUGCUUCGAUAAACCCCAGCUGCAACGCCUACGUGGCUCAGCAGCCUCAAUCUUUUGGAGACUCAUACUGGCUCGUCAACUCCGUCAAGGUUUACAGCGUCUAA